CUGCUUUCAUUGAUUCAUUAAUUCUCGUACCAAAUAAUUCCCCUCGCCUGGGGCAAACAUUACCUGCUAUACUACGCUCACUUUUACAAAUCUUGUAACAGAGAUAAAAGCCUCAUCGAUCUCCUUAAUUAUUAGCUAUUAUAUUGCUGACCAAAUCAUAUGAAAGAAAAAUGAUCAUCAACUUAUCCACUCAUCUAAACAUCAAAAAAACUUAUCCACUCAUCUUUUGUGAGCUUAUCAAAGCACAGAUAGCUAAACAAAAAUAAUUAUGCUAAUUUCCACAAAAUUCCCAAAUACCCUGUUGUUGGCUUCGUCGUUACUAAUCACAUCGAUUGGGCUUAGCGUAGGAGCUAUUGUUCCAACUUACCUCUACCACAAUUGCACCAACGACACCACUUACACACCUAACAGUGUCUACCAAAUUAAUCUCAGAAACCUCCUCUCAUCCCUUUCUUCCAAUGCCUCCAGCGAAUCCCUUAACACCAGCGCCGGUGAAGGCUCCUCCUCCCCCGUCUACGGCAGCUUCCUUUGUCGCGGAGACGUCAAUACGACCGCCUGCCGUGACUGCGUGACGUCCGCCGUUAAAGACGUCGUCAAGCUGUGCCCUGUGCAGAAGGAGACCAUGAUAUGGUACGACGAGUGCCAAUUGCGCUACUCCAACCGCUCGUUCUUCGGCACCGUAUAUGAACGCCCGAGAGUCUCUCUUUAUAACACCGCUAACGUUAGUACUGACAUAUACCGGUUCAACUUACUGGUCGGGGCCAUCCAGAUGGCAGCGGCUGAGGCAGCAAGAGGCCGGCAAGGGGAUAAAAAGUUCGCGACUAAAGAAUUCGACGUUGUAGGAUUGAACAGGUUGUACACCCUCGUGCAGUGUACACCGGACCUGAACGCCUCAAGUUGCGGUAGAUGUUUUUCUGAUGCCAUCGGAAGACUUCCUAUAUGCUGCUCUGGAAAACUUGGGGGAAGAGUUCUGUUUCCUAGUUGUAAUGUUAGGUACGAGAUCUAUCCCUUUUACAAUCAAAACUCAACAACUCCGCCACCGCCACCCACACCACAACCGUCGCUGCCUCCAAGUUUCACAUCGAGUUCAAAUGGAAAGACCAAAACAUCAUCGGUAGUGAUUGUAAUUUCCGUUGUGGUCCCAGUUGUUGUUGCCACCUUUCUACUUGUCAUUUGCUGCUAUGUCCAUCGCAUGAGAGCAAGAAAUAAUUAUAAUACUAUAGUAACCCAAGAUAACGCGAAUGACUUAACGAAUGAUGUCGAGUCCUUGCAGUUCAAUUUUAAGAGCAUUGAAACUGCAACAAGCAAUUUUUCUGAUGAUAAUAUGCUAGGUAAAGGUGGAUUUGGUGAUGUUUACAAGGGAGUGCUUUUAGAUGGACGAGAAAUAGCUGUGAAGAGACUGUCCAAAAGCUCAGGACAAGGUGCAGCAGAGUUUAAGAAUGAGGUUGUGCUGGUAGCCAAGCUCCAGCACAAAAAUCUGGCAAGGCUUUUGGGAUUUUGCCUGGAAAGAGAUGAGAAAAUACUUGUCUAUGAAUACGUUCCCAACAAAAGCCUUGAUUAUUUUUUAUUUGACCCCAAGAAACAGUCCCAGUUGAAUUGGUCAAUAAGAUGCAACAUAAUCGAAGGCAUUGCUAGAGGAGUUCUAUAUUUGCAUGAAGAUUCUCGGCUAAAAGUUAUACAUCGUGAUUUAAAAGCUAGCAACAUAUUACUAGAUAGAAAUAUGUCUCCUAAAGUAUCCGAUUUUGGCAUGGCAAGGAUGUUUGGCCAAGAACAAACACAAGGAAACACUAUAAGAAUUGUUGGUACUUAUGGUUACAUGGCUCCUGAAUAUGCUAUGGAAGGAUUAUAUUCUAUAAAGUCCGAUGUUUACAGCUUUGGAAUUCUGUUGCUUGAGAUUUUAAGUGGUAGAAAGAACUCUAGCUUUCAUAUUGGGGAUCGUACAGCAGGUCUCGUAGCAUAUGCUUGGCAAUUAUGGAAUGAAAAGAAAGUGUUGGAUCUGAUGGAUCCGUACUUGAAAGAUUCAUGUACUCCUCAUGAAUUUAUGAGAUACAUACAGAUUGCUUUAUUGUGCGUUCAAGAAGAUGCAAACUUGAGGCCUUCCAUGUCAUCUGUUGUUUCAACGCUCAAAAGUGAAGUUCCCAGCCUUUCUCAACCUGAACGACCCGCUUUCAUUUCGAGUGGACUUCACAGUGACCACGAAUUGAACCCAACUGAUAGUUUAUCGGUCAAUAUUGGGAUGACUGUUACUGAAUUUCUGCCAAGAUGAUUAUAUUGAGUAUCAUGCCAAAAAACUUAUAAUGGCAUGUAAAGGAAAAUAUUUUAUUCAAAUAUGUUGUCUAUUCGAAGAGAAUUUCAAUUUAUACAUCUCUUAUAGUAAUUUUAAGAAUCCAUUAGCUGGACUAGACAGAAUUUACAUGAUUAGUAAAAAAAUAUGUCCAACAGUUAGAUUGGCAAAUCUCUUCUUGAAACAGUCAAACCGCAUGCCAAAUUAGCUUUAUGCUUUCAUAAACCAGAAACAUGACGUGAUCUGUUGAAAUUAUAAGCCUUGUUUCCUUGAUACUGAAAGUCUGUAACUUGUAUAUUUGUGCACACAGUGUAGAUGACUUGAAAUAUAUUUAGGUAGCAAUAGCUAAUGUUUAAAC